GUUAGACCAACGCGCCAAGACCUAGCCCAAUCCAAGCGAAUCCGAUGGCAGCCUUCACACAGAACCAGACCUUUGCUGCGCUGCUCUUGAUCGCCCUGGCGGGCAGCACAGCGGCUCAGACUUUUACGCAAGAGGAUCGUGGCUCCAUACUGAAGUUCAUGGAUGUGCUGCUGAAUUUCCUGGACUUGGAGACGGACAACACCACUAGCACAGUGUCGCCCUUGGAGACCACCACCACAGUGCCCAGUGAACCCACAGGGGAAACCACCGAGAGCACUGACACAACGAGCAACUCCACGGUGGGGGAAUCAACGAGUGAGGGAACAACUACGCUGGCAUCGAAUUCAACGGGAUCGGACACAACCACAGAGGUUACAUCCACUACAGAGAGACGUCGCAUUUGCUUCAAACGUGUCUGUUACAAAUUUAGCAGCGACAAGGGCUAUAUCUACUAAGGGAGAGGCGACGACUGCUCAGAAUAGCUCAUUCAUUCAUUCAUCAACACAAAUAGGGGAUAGGGGAUCAAAUCAUGCACUCAAUAUAGGCAGAUUGGAUUACAGAUCAACCGAUUGCCAUCAAGCACUCGUCAGAAAUCUUUCUGAGUCUAAAGAAUCUGCUGAAUUCAGCAGAAAGAAGCAAUCAUCAGGCACAGAAUUACUCCAUUUCAUGCAUGACAGC